GUAGUUUGUCUCCGGCUAUGUUCGAACACCAAAAGAAACACUCCAAACUGACGUAAAGGCCGGACCUUCGUCGCCCUUGUUUUUUUUUCCUCUUCUCUCCCCCCCCCAGCAUUUCCUCCGUGGACAGUUCAUCACAAUGGCUCAAUCCCUACGGAGAGGCAUCUGGGCGCUGCCUCGAUCUCAGAUUCUGGCUCAGCGCACCCGACAAGGAGCGCUGCGUCGCGAAUGGCAGGCCAGGUGCAUUCAGAUCCGCGCCGCACCGUCGACAGAGCCGGCUACAAGCAGUGGGAAUAACCUGCCGGUUUCUAGCACGCCGAACUCGGUAGAAUCGGCCGAUGCCCGGUUCGAUAUCAUCGGCGCCCCAUAUUCCCUCCUCUCGGUGUCGUUAUCCGCGUCGCAAAACCUUUAUACCCGGCGGGGGACGUUGGUCGGACUCAGUGGGAAGGCAGACAAUGUCGUCUCGACGCUGAGCGUGUUGGAACCCUUUCGACGAGCGGCUCUCGGCGUGCCGUUUCUGUAUCAAAAGAUAUCCUCUCCCAGCCCCGUGACGGCUCUAGUAUCCGUCCGGUCUCCUGUCACAUCAUUUGCGGUCGUGCGUCUCGAUGGGUCGGUGGAUUGGAUGGUUGCUCAACGGCGCGCUCUGUUGGCCUGGACAGGACGCUCACUAUCGAUAAACCCGACAAUCAACACAAGCCUGAGCUUGGCGCAUUGGGGGAGCUCGGAGGUUACUGGCCGCGGACUACUGGCACUGGUUGGGAACGGCCAGUUGUACUCAAUUGAGUUGAAGGCAGGAGAGCAGUAUAUUGCUCAUCCGAGUAAUGUCGUUGCAUACACCAUUUCUUCCAACCCGCCACGCCCCUACCGCUUCAAGUCUACCAGCCUCAAGUUCCAGGUUCCCGGCAGGCUACAGAACUUCCCACGUCUGCUGCAAAACUCCAAGUUUCUCCGUGACAUGUCUGAGUCGGACACAUGGAAGAGGACGAUGAGGAUCGUGCACAAGCUUCGGAUCUGGUCGCGCAUGACCAUCUGGGGAGAUAGGCUCUUCCUGCAAUUCGACGGCCCUGCCACGCUCCUCGUGCAGUCCCGAAGCGCCCGGCUAAACGACGUCCUGUCCAUCCGCGAGGUUAACGAGAUUGCCGACACCCCUCGCGGACUGACUAUUGGUCCAGCCAAGCCAGCAGACACCAACCCGCAGAGCGAGACUCCCGGCAUCGAGGAGGCAAACGAGUCUCUGCAGCCUGCCAAGCGGUCCGGCGAGGAGGUGGCCCAAGAAACCCGCGGAACGGCACAGAGCUUCGCUCGCAUCAAGGAUGGGAAGGUGAUUUUUGAAAAACCGGGCCAGAACUAACCUUCCAGUCUAUUCUUUUUUUAAGAAAAAAAAACUCGAGCUUCUCUUUAUUGGCAAGGCAUAGAUGGAUUUUCGUUUCGCUUGUGUCUUAUAUAUGUAUCAUAGUUGCAUCUGCACCAAUGGUGUCUUUUUUCUCUGACCUCUCCCAGGAAAAUUAUCUGUCAUUCUUGACUUUAUACUUCUAUUGUUCUAUAUACAGUAGUCCUUCCAUACUAAAUCAUUUAAAAAAAAACCAUACUA